AUCCCACGCCUCACAGCACUGCAGAACACUACAUGACUACACCACAUCCACUCACAUGCUCCUCUGUUCAUACUGUUGCAUUUACUCCCCCUAUGUUUUACAAUACUUUCUGUCAUUCACACCAUUCUAAAAGCACAUUGAAGAUAGUCUCACGGUGGUGGACAACAUGAAGAAAUAUUUGAUGAUAAGAAGGAUCCUUUUACCGUGGCAGAGGAGAGACUCUACACAGAAUGAGUCCAGUCCGCUCAUUCCAAAGGCAGGAUCUGGGAAAGGGGAUGUUGAAGAGGAAAUCACAGAGGAGACAAACAAUGGACUGGACAACAACAGCCCUGCAUUCACAAGGAUCCAACCUCGUUACUCUCUGAUGGACUAUUUCCUAAAAUACCUCCUAUUCCUGUGUAACCUGGUCUUCACUGUUCUGGGCCUUGUGAUUCUUGGUCUGGGAAUGUGGGGCCUCAUCAGUAAAGAGUCAUUUGCUCAGGAGAAGAUUAGCAGUAUAGGUACAGACCCAAUGCUGGUACUGGUGACCCUGGGCUUUGUGUUGACUAUACUUUGUCUGUCAGGAUGCGUGGGUUCUUUAAGGGAGAACUGCUGGCUACUCAGGCUGUUCUCCGCUCUGGUGCUGGUGCUCAUUUCAGUCCAGGUGCUGGUUGCCAUUUUGGCCUAUACUCUACAGGAUGAGGUCGGAAACUACCUGAGAUCAGGGAUGUUGGCUGCCAUGGUGCGUUACCAGGAUGAUCUAGAUCUGAGAUUUAUAACGGACGAGAUCCAGUCGAAUCUGCAGUGUUGUGGAGCAGAUAACUACCGUGACUGGGAGAUCAACAUAUAUUACAACUGCUCAGCUCCUGGAGUGUUGGCCUGUGGCGUACCUGCUACUUGCUGCGUGGACCCUUUGGAGAACGGCACUGUGUGGAAUUCACAGUGUGGUGUAGGAGCCCAGCAGCUGGACGAGUUCACUGCUCAGAGUGUGAUCUUCCUGGGAGGCUGUCUGGGGGGAAUCUCUCGCUGGGUUGAGCAGCAUCAAGGCCUGAUUGGGAUAGUCAGCAUCGUCAUACUGGGGGUCCAGAUCCUGGCUCUUUUUAUCAGUACACGACUACUGGAAAGCAUCCAGUGGCACAAAGCUUAUAAGUAACAUCAGCUGAAGAAUGCAAACACAUAAUGGUAUUUAUUUUGUACAACACUGACUUUGAACUCCAGCUUUGUGUAAAAGUAACCCAAACCAUGACAAAAUUUAGACAAAUAUUCAUUUCAAAGAAGCAAAUUCUGGUGAUUUAUGAAUUACUUUGAAACACUGGAUCCCAUUUUUUUUAGCCCACGACUCAAAACAUAAAUGUAAUGUUUCCUUGGAAUCCAAUUGUACAGAAUGACAUCUUCAAUUAUGCAUUUUACAUCAUUUAUGUCUUUUAUGUCAUUUUCUCUUUUCUUUUACAUCAUUUUCAUCUCAUCCUCUUUUAUAUCAGAGGCCUCUACAUUUCACAUAACUUUGUUAAUGCCGACAUUUAUAAACUCUUAACGCUCAUCCAGGAAAAUUAGGAAAAUAAAUUAAUGUAUCAUAUUAUUAUGUAUUUUAUUUUGACAAAUGGCAACCCAUUUUGGAUCCUGACCCUUUCUGUGGUAAAAGUACUUUUAAAAUAAUCUGUCAUAAUCUCUCAAUUAACCUUUAAAACUUAGACAGUUGGUUGUGAUUGCUGUAAAACCUCAUCUACAUCUAUAGGUCUAUAGUUUAACUUGUUUUAUAUAAUUUUACGCUGGUACAAAAAGGUCACUAACUGCUUCAUUUGGUGCUGGUUUAAAAUUAAAAACUGAAAGGUGAUAAUUGCAACUGACCAUUUGAUUAAAUAUCAAUGAACAUUUAACUAUUAGCUAAAUACAUGCUAAUAUACUGCCUGCAUCAUUUACAUAUAUCUCACUGAUUUUCUUUCAGUUUGCAUAUCCUCAAAAAAGGGACAGUUAAAGUAUGAUUAGAAGAAUUGCUUAA